CUCACGGCGCUCUCUGCCUUCACUAAAACUCAUCCCAUCAGCAGCUGAGCUGACGCAGAGAGGACAGCGUCGAAGGUGGAGAGUGAGCCAUGUUGAAGCUGCGUACGCUCAGGCUGAGGGCUGCCCUGGUGCGAGAAUGUAUGGCUGAGUUCCUGGGAACAUUUGUCUUGAUGCUGUUCGGUUGCUCUGCAGCAGCCCAGGUAAAAACCAGUCAAGACACCAAAGGCCAGUAUCUGUCGGUCAACAUGUCCUUCUCCGUAGGGGUGAUGUCAGCCAUGUACCUGACCAAGGGGAUCUCAGGUGCCCAUCUGAACCCUGCAGUGACUCUAAGUUUAUGCGUUUUGAGGAAAGUGAGGUGGAGAAGUCUGCUACCCUUCUGCCUCUCCCAGGUGCUCGGCGCAUAUGUGGCAUCGGCAGUGGUCUACAUGGUCUACUAUGAUGCUAUAAUGGAUUUUAGUGGAGGCGUGUUGACCGUUUAUGGCCCAAAUGAAACAGCAUCUAUAUUUGCCACGUAUCCAUCUGAGUACCUCACGUUAGGCAGGAGUUUCCUCGAUCAAGUGGUGGGGACUGGCACAUUGAUGCUGUGCAUCCUAAGUUUGGAUGAAAAGAGGAACACGCCUGCUCCGUCUGGUCUGAUACCUCCCAUAGUUGCCACGAUUGUCCUGGGGAUCUCCAUGUCCAUGUCAGCUAACUGUGGUGCUGCAAUAAAUCCUGCUCGCGACCUUGGACCACGCCUCUUCACCCUGACUGCAGGCUGGGGGACUGAAGUCUUUACGUGUAAAAAUUACUGGUUCUGGGUCCCACUCGUGGCGCCCCUAAUUGGAGGCCCUUUAGGCUCUUUCCUUUAUGUGGUCUUCAUCGAAUGGCAGCUGCCUGAUCCAGAACCCCCACAGAACCUCUCAACAGUUUCCACCAACAGCGACAGCAUCAAAAAGCCUGCCACCAUGUGGGGGACAGGAGGCGAUUUAAAGUCCACAUAUUUUUGAUUGACUUGGAACAAAACCACAAUGCUUUAAGUCUUUACGACUGGCACAGAAGGCAUAUAUUGGACAAUCUGACUGGUUGGUUGGAAAUCAAAGACCUUUAUUUAUUUAUGCUGGUGAAGAACACACAUCUGAAGAGGGUCCGUUAAUAGAUUUGUAAAUAACUUCUAGGAGCUACUACGAAUCUAUAAUUUUUUAACUCCUCAUAGUUUUCAGAAAAGCUUCUGUUCUUAGUUUAUUUGUGAACUUUCUAUCACUGUUGCAGCUUUACUAACUUUCUCAGGGCUAAGGCACUAGUUCUUAAAUUCAACCAUUUCAAAUGUCCAGUAGUCCACUGUAUAAAACACAGCAUUCACCUUCAAAGGUUGACAUAUUUACACUUGAAUUUGAUAUUUAAGGUUAACAAAAGAUUAUUGCUAAGGUUUCUUGAUUUUCAGAUCAAGCUAAAUAGGAUUACUGAUUCAAGAAAAACUGUAACAUGUACUGACCGACAUUUAGAAUAGAAUUAAUAAAGCAGAUAGCCUUUGAAGUACCUGUCCUGAACACAUUGAGCUUCCUGGACACAGACAGUAGAGGAGGAGGCAGCUGAAAGGGAUGUUGAAGAAAUAAAGUUGUUUACGUCAAUGUCACCGUUCUUUAUUGUACUGAUUCAUUAUAUUAGUGAGCUGUUUACGCUUUAAUAUAUGCUUAAGUGAGUAUGCAUAUGUCAAGCAAAGAUAACAAAGCUGUUGCUAAAAGCUGAGUAAGUAUAUUUACUUGUCUGCUGUGCUAUAAUGCUAUUCUUUACGCCAUCUUCACAUAUGCUUAUGUACAGAUUCACUGAUUUCUGCCACUACGUGUUUUGAUUUUUGGGCAGUAUGAUAGGCUUGCAAAUACAACAGUGUAAAAGUUUAAAACCAUUCAGUUUUGUUCUGAUAAACCCAGUUAUGAUCCAAGAGACCUGAAGGUGUUACAAAAAUGUGAUUUGCACUCCAAGCAUACCACACUGUUUUCAUCUGUUUCAUUUAAAGUAUAU